AUGGACACCAGAGGAGGGCUACAGGAACAGCAAGAGCCGACACAUCUUCAAAGAGGGGAAGGUGGGGAGGUCUGCAUCCUCCGAGAGUCGCUGCCAGGCCCCAGAGAGCCGGUGAGUCCCAAGCGCGGGCAGCGGCCUCACCUGGCCUGGCCACCACCCGCUCUCGCCUUCGCUCCGCGGCCUCUGCCGCGCGGACGACGGACAGACGGACGGACGGACUUACGGACCGGGGGAGGGCAGAAGGGAAAGAGGACGCCGCGCUACGCCGGGCCUUCGGCCGGGCCUCUCCCGCUGCCGCCUCCUCACGGCCGCCGAGUCCCCGAACUCCCUGGAGCCGCCAUCUUCUUCCGCUCAACGCCGCCGCCGCUACCGCCGCCGCUACUGCAGCUACUACUACUGCCGCUGCCGCUGCCACGGCCGCCUCCGCCGCCGCCGCCGCCACCACCACCGCCGCCGCUCCGGCCCGGGGAAGACAGCGAGAUCGCGCAUGCGUCAAUAGCCGCCCGGGGAAGGCCGGACGGGCACGGCUCGGCGCGCGCACGCACGCACGGACGAAGGAAAAGAGUUUGGCCUAGAGAGUGGGAGAGCCAGCCCGGGAAAUCUGAAAUCCUCAACUCCUUUGGGGUUCGGUUUCCUCAGCUGUAAAACAAAGGGAUUGGACUUAAAGAGGUGAUCCUAAGGCUCUGUCCAGCUGCUCUGGAUUUAGCAUGCUAUGAAAUGAGCUGAAUUGUGGGUGUAUCCCAAUGAGCAAUGAUGGACCCGGGCAUUGACCUUCACACACGAUAAUAAAAACAUACACAAGCCAUA